GUUUCGAGUAUUUCCUAAUUUCUCUAUUACCUAAAAUAUUUCCUAAAAUAAAAUAGAAGAUUAAAAAAUAGAAGGUAAAAAGUUGAGUCUUGAUAGGAGACGGAAAAAAAAAAUGAAAAUUUAGUGUUUGUCUGUUCCAAGUUGGAAAUUGUUUCUAAUCAACUCCUUUCUAAAACAGGAUUUGGCCCUUUUAUAAUAACACGCUAUUUCUUCAUCAAACACAAUACCUAGCUCUCUCAAAGAUUCCUUUCACAAACUCCAAACAUGUCCUCCAAAUCCAAAUUAUCCAAAGCCAAGGCGGUUCUAACCACCAUAGGCUCUCUGGCUGCCACGGCCAUGGUGGUCCGCACCGUCGCCCAAGACUUCAUGCCACCGGAAGUCCAAGACUACCUCAACCUCCGCGUCCGAAACUUGCUCAAAUACUUCUCCGUCGACGAAUUAACAUUGGUCAUCUACGAAUUCGACGGCCUCAUCUACAACCAACUCUAUGAGGCCGCAGAGGUGUACUUGGGCACCAAAAUCUCCCCCAACGUUGACCGCCUCAAAAUCUCCAAACCCGAGAAAGAAAACAACAUCAGCGUCACUGUUGAACCUGGUGAAGAGGUAAUAGAUGUGUUCGACGGCCACAAAUUUAAAUGGGUAUUGUCCUGCAAAUAUGUACAGCCCAGCACCCACCACAGAGACACGAAGUCGUCGAGAUCGAUUCUGCCGUCCGAGCUCCGGUCACUCGAAUUGUCUUUUUGCAAGGAACUGAAAGAGAAGGUUCUUGGUUCUUACUUGCCUUACGUGUUGAAUGAAGCGAAGUCGAGGAAGGAAGAGGAGAGGACGCUGAAGAUCUUCACGAUCAACCACUGCAACUUGUACGGGAAGAGCCCGGUUGACGCGUGGACUCCGAUCAAUCUCGACCAUCCGGCCACAUUCGACACGCUAGCGAUGGAGGAGGAGAUGAAGGAGAUGGUUUUGGAGGAUUUGGAGAGGUUCGUGCAGAGGAGGGAACUGUAUAGGAAGAUUGGCAAGGCUUGGAAGAGAGGUUACUUGUUGUACGGACCGCCCGGGACGGGGAAGUCGAGCUUGAUCGCGGCCAUGGCGAAUUACUUGAAGUUUGACGUUUAUGACUUGGAGUUGUCGGAGUUGCAGUUCGAUUCAGAGUUGCGGCUGUUGCUGCUGGGGACCGCGAAUCGGUCCAUUCUUGUGGUGGAGGACAUUGACUGCACCAUUGAGUUGCAAGAUAGGAUUGGUGGGCCUGAAGAUUCAGAGAAGAAGACUAAACGUAAAUCCGAGGAUGAAGAUGACAAGGUGACAUUGUCGGGAGUGCUGAAUUGCAUUGAUGGUCUGUGGUCGACUUGCAGCGAAGAGAGGAUCGUAAUUUUCACGACGAAUCACAAAGACAAACUGGAUCCUGCAUUGUUGCGACCGGGUCGGAUGGACGUUCACGUCCACAUGUCGUAUUGCACUCCUUGUGGCUUCAAGCUUCUUGCUGGUAAUUACCUUGGCAUUAAGGAGCAUGAGCUUUUCGGGGAGAUUGAAGCCCUAAUUCAAUCCAUAGAGGUCACCCCAGCCGAAGUAGGCGAGCAGCUACUCAAGAGUGAUGAACCCACUGCAACACUUCGUGGUUUAAUUGAUUUCCUUCGUCACAAGAGAAACGAAAAUGAAGAGGCCAAGGCUAAGAAAGCACUAGAAUCAGUUGAGAAAGAAAGCAAGACUUCUGCAGUGGAACAAGAACAAGAACAAGAAGAGAUCAGUGUGACAUAG